GCCCCAUUCGGGAGCCAGGCGGGCGGGAGAGGCGCACCUGUGGCGAGCGUGGUCCGCAAGUCUUGGCCAAGCCCGUGAGGUCCACGGAGGCGGGGCAGGCGGGGCGCAGGAUCCAAGUUUCUUCACCAUGGGGAUGUGGUCCAUUGGUGCAGGUGCCCUGGGGGCUGCGACCCUGGCAGUGCUCCUGGCCAACACAGACCUGUUUCUGUCCAAGCCAAAGAAAGCAGCACUGGAGUAUCUGGAAGAAAUUGAUUUAAAGACGCUGGAGAAGGAACCAAGAACUUUCAAAGCAAAGGAACUAUGGCAGAAGAGGGGAGCCGUGAUUAUGGCUGUGCGUCGGCCAGGUUGUUUUCUCUGUCGAGAGGAGGCUUCAGACCUGUCUUCCCUGAAACCCAAGCUGGAGGAGCUGGGCGUCCCUCUGUAUGCUGUAGUAAAGGAGCACAUCAGCACCGAAGUGAAGGACUUCCAGCCUUACUUCAAAGGAGAGAUCUUCCUGGAUGAAAAGAAAAAGUUCUACGGUCCCCAAAAGCGCAAGAUGAUGUUUAUGGGAUUCAUCCGUCUGGGCGUGUGGACCAACUUCUUCCGGGCCUGGAAUGGAGGCUUCUCAGGCAACCUGGAAGGCGAAGGCUUCAUCCUCGGGGGAGUUUUUGUGAUGGGGUCAGGAAAGCAGGGCAUUCUUCUCGAACACCGAGAAAAGGAAUUUGGAGACAAAGUAGACUUGCGUUCUGUUCUGGAAGCUGCUGCCAAGAUAAAACAAGAGACUCUCGCCUCAGAGCAAAAAUGAUCACAGGAAAAAUUCCUGGCUCAG